AUGGCAGCAAAUCCAUCCAUAACCGCACGCAAGCCUUUAAAGCUGCUCAUGCUCCACGGCUACACACAAACUGGUCCACUAUUUUACGCCAAAAGCCGCGCCCUCCAGAAGGCAAUUCAAAAGGCAUUCCCCCUCUACGAAGUGAAAACUGUAGUCCCAACAGGUCCAAUCCGCCUGAAGCCAAUCGACAUCCCAGGUUACGAGCCCUCUGGUAACACAGACGAAGAAGACGUGGAAGCAUACGGCUGGUUCCUCCGCUCAAGCACGGCAACACCCACCCUCUACGCCGGCCUCGAAGACUGCUUCAAAGCAGUAGCAAAGACCCUAACAGAAGAAGGGCCCUUCGAUGGCGUAAUAGGGUUUUCGCAAGGGGCAGCUCUAGCGGCGAUGGUUACAUCGCUAUUAGAACCAGGCCGGAAAGAAGCGUUCGAGAAAUUCAGCAAGGACGAGGUUGAUGGAGCGACAGGAAUUCCGUACCCUCCUGCAUUUUUGGAGCCGGGUUUCGUCCAUCCGCCGUUCAAGUUUGCUUUGGCGUACUGUGGGUAUCGGGCGCCUGGAGCUCGGUAUCGUGGGUUUUAUGAGGAUCCGGCUAUUCAGACGCCGUUGUUGCAUGUGCUUGGUUCUUUGGAUGCUAUUGUUGAGGAGUCGAAGAGUCAGGCGCUGAUUGACGCUUGUGCUGGUGAGCCUGAAAAGGUCGGCUGGGUUGUUAGACAUCCUGGCGGUCACUUCUUGCCUAGUCAGAAGCCUUAUCUUGAAGCUGCGACUCGGUUUAUUAAGGGGCAGUUGGAGAAGACUGGGGUUGCUGACAAGGUGGACGAAGAGGAUGUUAACGAUAUGGAUGUGCCUUUUUAG